CCCUCAUUAGUAAACUUCCGUUAGGGAAGUAGACUGUCACUGCCAAUUAAAAUGUCACUGCAAUAUGAAUCACCGCAUGUGUGUUCUAACAGAAAAGUGUUGACCGUUACAGUAGAUGUAAUUCUGGUCGGAAGUGUUGCCCUGUGUGCAGGACUUGUCCAUCUGUUGAUGACCCCCUAUCACCGCGGAUUUUAUUGUGAUGAUGAAAGCAUCAGUUAUCCUUUCCACAGUUCCACAAUACCAUCUACAGUACUUUAUGUUGUGGGAUUUGGACUGAAUUUUUUGCUGUUUUUCAUAGUUGAAGCUCUGUGGCUGCCUAAAGAUUCUUCCAAUGGGAAAUUUUCCUCUUCAACAGGCGAGGACCAAGAAAACCACAAUGCCAAUGGAAGUGCCCCGUCUCGUAUAGCAUUGUACCUCAGUGCUGUUUACAAUGUUAUUUUGCCAUUUCUGUUCGGAGCUGCGCUGGAGUUUCUGGCACGUGGAUUGACCAAGUAUUCAAUAGGAAGGCUUCGUCCUCAUUUCUUUUCAGUUUGCCGACCGGAUACAAACACUUUUAACUGUAGCACAGGAUACAUAGAGGAAUACAAGUGUACUGGUGAUCCAGAUGUCAUUAAGCAAGCCAGAUUGUCUUUCCCCUCCGGACAUGCAUCAUUUUCUGUCUACAGUAUGCUGUUUUUAAUUCUGUACAUCCAGGUGCGUAUGAGAUGGAGACAGGCUGUAAUUGUCCGCCCCUGGUUACAGUUGAUCCUUUUCCUGAUGGCACUUUAUACGUGUAUUUCCCGAAUAUUUGACUACAAACACCACUGGAGCGAUGUACUGGCAGGGGCAAUCUGGGGGAGUGUUGUGGCAGUUUUUGUGGUGUUCAAAGUCUCAAGCCUGUUCCCAAGAUCGAAAUAUCUCUGCUCCUCUUCAAGUUUCCAUCAUAAGUUAACCACAAAACUCUGACAUCACAAAAUCUUGUCAUCAAAUUCAAAUAUUUUAACCCAGAAAUUAAUUUAGCUCAAUAUACAUUAGUUUUAUCAUACAAGUUUGUAACAUUUGAUCAUGUUGAUAUGCAUGACUAACAUUGUAUAUAUACUCCCAGCUGUUACACCUGUUGUCCUAUUCAUAAGAGAUCUCAAAUGCAUAUGGAAUUUCAUGAGCCGAGGCUGAAGAGAAACAAUUUUAAAGUCACUAAAUCUAAUGCAGGCAAAACGGUAGCUUUUGAUAAGUUUGAAGUUUUUGCCUGACCUCCCAAGUUUUCUUAAACUCGUAAUAUAUCUAGGUAUAUCUAUGUACUUUUACAACAAUCCUAAAGCAGGUUUGAGAAAGAAAAAAAUAUUCUUUGACACAAGUCUUACCUAGGCCUGAAGAUUGAGAGCUUCCAUAUUGACUUACAUAAUUUUUUGUCGAAAUUCCCUCAGAUGGAAUUUUUACACAUGUAUUUGAAACACAUUUUACUCUCUGUGUUUUUAAAAAUAUUUUAUUUGAAAAUGUAGUUACAUUUUAAUAUAAUUUAAUUUUUUUUUUUUCAUGUUUUUAAUUAAUUUUGCAGCUGAAAAAGUAUGGUACCUAAUAUACUAUUAAAAGUGCAAUCAAAAUACUGAGUAAAUAUUAUACCAUUUAUUGACAUUUCUCAGAUUUUAUAAUCAUUUAAAUACAUUUUUGUAUGAGAUCAUAGGGACUUGUCACCAAUUCCCUACCUUCAGUUGUAAUAUAGUGUAUGGUAGGUACUGCCCUUGUCAUUAUAUAUAUGGCCAUUGGUGUCAAGACCCUAUGUAUCAGAACAAUAUCUGAUAUAUUAUUUUAUUCAAUUUCACCUCAGGUAAGCCCCCCCCCCCAAAAAAAAACAAAAAUCCAGAAAAGUAAAUAAUACUGAUUAAAAAUGAUAUCAUAUAUUUGUUUCAUUUGGUGACAGAAUACUAUUAUAGAAAAUGAUGAAGUUAAAGAGAUGCAAGUAAUUUGUAUAUUAAAACUGAAAAUUGACAAAAGAAGACGUUACAUUUUACACCAGCGCUUUUACUGUAUAAGAACACAAGUUGUGCCCCGUUAUAUUAUGAUGUCAUCAAUAUUUGUGGCAUCAUGCCAUUAUGUACUGUUACUAUGCACCUGAAGAUCUAAUACAGUGAAAGCGCUAGAGCAAUUAAAAUGUAACAUCUUCUUUUGUCAGUGCCCAGUCAAGGCAUUUACAAAGGUUCACUCUGAUUGGUCAAAAAAGAUAAACUUAUAUUUUCACUGUAAAAGUUAUAUUUUCACUGCAAAAUCUGAUAUUUUUACUGCUCAUUGCUUUUAUU